AUGGUUCAAGAGCUCGCCAAAAUCACCGUUCCACGUACCGGCCUCGCUGCCUUGGUGGCGCAAUUGAACAUACCCGGGGAAGUCCAUUUUCCUGAUGGCCUCAUCAUACCAGUUGGUCAUGGACCUCCUAGUUUCAAACUAUUCUUUCGCUCAGAUGCGGCGGUUCGGACCCCCAUGACGGAACUUGGUGUUGGCCGCGCCUUCAUCAAAGGCGACAUCGAUAUCCAAGGGGACGUCGGCCGUCUUUUCGAUGCCAGAUCCAGCCUGAAAGACAAGGUGCCUUUGCGACAGAAGAUACAAUUCUUAUGGGACUCUAUUCGAUCAACAACCAGUAUGAAUGCGGAUGCCAUUGGUAAUCACUACGGUCGCGAGGAUGAGUUUUACUUGGCUUUUCUUGACACAUCCUUCCGCCUCUACUCCCACGGUUUGUUCGAAUCUCCAGACGAUACGAUUGAACAAGCGUCACAGAGAAAGCUCGAGACCAUGUUUUCUGAACUAGGCCUGAAACAAGGCAUGCGGCUUCUCGACAUCGGAGGCGGCUGGGGCGGAGUGACGCAAUAUUGCUCUGCUCGAGGCGUGCAUGUCACAACUUUGACUCUUGCAGCAGCUGGCGCUCACUAUGUACGGCGGCUCAUCUCGAACGCGGGCUUGUACGGCGAGGUGGUUUUGGAAGACUUCUUCAACCACCGCCCUGAGCAGCCAUAUGAUCAUGCUGUUGCAUUUGGUAGCAUAGAACACAUGCCCGACUAUCGCAGGUAUGCUCGCAGGGUCUGGGAUAUUCUCAAACCAGGCGGUCGGCUCUACUUGGAUGGGUCGGCGGCCGUUGAGAAAUAUGCCGUCAGUUCCUUCGCACGAGACUACAUCUGGCGCGGCACGCACACCUUCAUGACAGUCCAAGAUGUUAUUGCGGAGUUGCUGAACCAUGGAUUUGACCUGUUGCGUGUUGCGAAUGAGACGCGAGACUAUCAUCUCACAAUGCUGGAAUGGUCUAAACGGCUUGACGCCUCCAAGGAGGCAAUAAUCGCGGGCUGGGGCGAAGAAGUGUACCGGAAAUUUCGUUUAUUCCUCUGGGGAGGUCAACAUGCCUUUAAAGUGAACAGCCUACAGGCAUACCACCUAGUUGUUGAGCGGACGGCUGCAAAAGGACCUCGUCCAUCUACUCCUCGUCGGAUUUUUAGAGCCCUCGGGGAGCUCUGCUGA